AUGUUGAAUACACAUAUACAAUUGCUAUUCUAUCUUCUACUCACUUGCUCUUAUAUAAAUGCAUUUAUUCCAUUUCCAGUUGUUGGAGAUACUGCUCAAACUACUGAUAGUAUUACACAUACAGAAAUUACACAAGCUGGUUUCAUUCGUUGUCUAGCUCGUUUCUUUUAUGAUACACGUAUUAAACCAAAUAAUAAUAAUGGAAAUACGGUCAAUGAACAAGAAUAUUUUACUAAAGAACAUACUAUUGAUGAUCUUUGUAAACAUGCAUAUCCCCAAUACAGUCAAACACAAAGAGACUUCUAUUCACUUCCAUUAAAAUUUAUUCUUGAUUAUAUUAUGACACAAAAUGCUCUGGUAGAUUUUAAUCCAAACACAAAGAAAUUUUCACCAGCACAUUUUGAUAGUGAAGCAUUUAUAAACGGUAGUCGACGUAUUCUUCAACUUAAACAAACAGUUGUUAAUGAUACACGUAAUGUCAAUAAAGAUUUGACUAAUGCACGUGAAUCACUUGGACGAUUGCUUCAUACAUUACAAGAUUUUUAUUCACAUUCGAAUUGGAUUGAAAUGGGUAACACAAAUAUUAAUAAUCUUAUUGGAGUCAAAGAAAAUAUUGGUUCAGUUGCUGAUCGAAAUCAAGCAACAUGUACAAAAAAUGGUUGUACAAAAAUAGAAAAGAAAUGUACUUUUUGGCAACUAGUCACAUUGAGAGCUUGUCCUCUUGUAUAUUAUGAUUGUAAAAAUAAUAUUCUACCAGAAAUUAAUAAUCAAAAAUUACUUACAAGUGGAUAUCUCUUUAAUCAAUUCGGUGAAAAUAAUGGUCCCGUCAACAAACCAACAACUGUUGAAAAAUGUUCUCAUGGUGGAGUACUUGAUGAUUCAUCGCUUGUACCCGCUCUUGGUGGAAUUAACAAAGAUGCUAAUAGUUUCAUCUUUUCGCCUCAUUCUAAUCUUCAUUUUCAAGCUGUUGAUUUAGCUACGAAAGCGACCGAACAAAUUCUUAAUGAUAUACGCAAAGAUGUUGGAGAUAAUAAUUUCGAUCGACUUUUUGCUAUUAAUCCAACACAAGCACAAUGUCAAGCUGCAUCGGAUGCAGUUAACAAUGGAAAGAAAUUUCGAUUUCUUACAUUAUUUCUUUCAGUUAGUGUGAAUGAAAGUGAUAGUCUUCUGACGGAUUUAAAAAAUUGGAUCACAAAACGUGUUAAUAUGAUUAAAUCAAUAUUAAGCAUUUUAUUUUCUGGCCAGAAAGAUCUUUCUAUACCAACAUUUGAUUUAAGUGACCUAGAUAUUAAUGUCAAAGAUGUGAAUAAUUUUCGUGGAGCACCUUAUAUUAUUGGAAGUAUUACACACGCCGAAAUUACUGAAAUUGCUAUCAUUCGUAGUCUAACUCGUUUCUUUUAUGAUACACGUAUUAAACCAAAUAACAACAAUAAGAGUUUUGUUGAUGAAGAAGAAUAUUUAACUAGAGAACAUACUAUUGAUAAUCUUUAUGGAUUAGCAUAUCCUGAAUAUAAUGCAUUACAAAUAGCAUAUUAUUCACUUCCAUUAAAAUUUGUUGUUGAUCUUAUCAUGACACAAAAUGUUCUAACUGAUUUUGAUAAUAAAACAAGUAAACUUUCAGAAGCCCAUUUUGAUAAUGAAUUAUUUAUAAAUGCCAGUAAACGUAUUCUUCAAUUUCGACAAAUAAUCAUCAAUAAUACGCAUGAUGACAAUGAAGAUUUGACUAAUGAACGUCAAUUACUUGGUCAAUCGUUUCAUACAUUACAAGAUUUUUAUUCACAUUCAAAUUGGAUUGAAAUGGGCAAAACUGAUAUUAAUCAAUUUAUUGGUUUCAACGAAACUAUUGGUUCAGUUGCUGGACCUAAUCAAACAACAUGUACAAAUAAUGGUUGUACUAAAAUAGAAAAAUCUUGUACUCUCUGGGAACAAAUUACGGUGGGCAUUUGUCCACUUGCAUAUUAUGAUUUGAUUGAAAAACCAACAAAUGUUGAAAAAUGUUCGCAUGGUUCAGUACUUGAUCAAUCAUCACAUAUACCAGCUAUUGGUGGAAUCAAUAAAGAUUCAUAUAGUUUAGUCUUUUCACCUCAUUUUGAUCUUCAUAAACAGGCAGCUGAUUUAGCUACAAAAGCAACUGAACAAUAG